AUUACAAUCGCUAGAUUCACUGGACAACUGGUUUGGCCAUGUCACUUACUGGGAAAUGGCAGAAUAUCCUUAGCUACAGAAGAUGCCAUAGGGAGGGUUGUCUGCAUCUCUUGCAUAUAUUUAACAGUUUCAGGUUGCCGGAACUUGAGUUGCCCACACCAGAUCAGUUGCAAACCUCGACAUCCAUCCCAUUCAAGAACCUGACGACUCUUAAGGGUUAGGAACUUGGCAUAGGAAUUAGGAACCGCAGAAGUCUUUCACAGGCUUACAUCUCCCAAACAAGUCAAGCUCAGUACAAACAUGGUUUCUUUUGCCGACGAGAAUGGUUUGUUGCUUCCUUCUCUGCUGAACUUGCUUGGAAUUCUUAGUUUGAACCAACCUGAAAGGUACCUCCAUGGACCUGUGUGGAUCUGGAACUGUCCUAAACUCGAGUCCUUGCCGAAAACACUUG